UAGGAGAGCGAUCGGACCAAUCAGCGAGAGGGGGCGGAGCCACAAGAAGCACACAUGAGUUGUCAAACAGGUUUGUCUUGACUGUUGAGCUGCUGCUACUCAUUUCAAACACUUUCACACAUUCUCCUCAGCAGGACUGUGUGUUCGCUGACGAGAAACCAAAGAGAGGCUCAGGAGAUCCACACGAGCUGUCAAGGAAGUCCAAAUGUCAGGGAAGUAGAGCUCCUCUGAGAUGCUUAGGUUACAUCUCAAUUUCUGCACAACCGGGAGAUUUAUUUCAGGGUGGCCAAAGAAAAAGCUGUGAACAGAGAGCGCACAAGGACAGGUACGACUACUGGUUUUACAAAAUGCCUUUGGAGACUCUCCAACACCCAGUGAGACAACCGGCAAGGACCGCUGAAGCUGCUACACCCCCACGCUUGCGGCUGAAGGGGCCAGUGGGGCCGGACUUCUACCGGCAGUUCAAGACGGUGGCAGGCGGACCAAAGCAGAGUGCGGUGGAGAGGCUGGAAGCAGACAAGGCUAAAUAUGUCAAGAGUCAGGUGGCUCUUUCUAAACAGCAGCCGGUCAGGCCUCCUGAGGUGCGUACGCCUCUGCUGAACCCCGGCACCGCUCUGCGGCCCACCAGGAAGACCCCCACCCAGACGAAAAAAAAGCAGGAAGAAGUCCAGCUCGACUUGGAGCAUCUGAGUAACCUGAUCAAUGGUGUAAAUGAUGGUGCCACCGCUAACUCAGAGGACAGUAAAGCUCUGGACGGUGCUGACAUGUCGCACAGCUCCCCUUGCCCCGCACCUGCAGGGGCACAACGGAAAAAGGAAAGGCCGUGUCCACCCCCUCGUCCGGACUGGUCCAGUCCAGCUAAGGUGAGAUUAAAAGCCUCUGGACCUCCCAAGGAGGAGAGUCCCGGCUCUUCUGGGUUUCCAGCUGCCAGGACCGUACGAAGAGUGGACGUCAUGCCUCAGGCCAGCCCCGUGAGGACGCCCCGCAGACCACCUCAGUUCAUCCGGCAGCCCCUUCAGCUCAUACCUUUACCCUCAAAGUUUCCGCUCCGCCCGGCUACUUCACACCUGCGUCUCUUCCACACCCGGACAAUACUACAUCCUUCCCCUCUGAAACCUGUUGUUGCUCAGUCUAAACCUGACCUUCCUCCCUCCUCUCCAGCUGGAACCCUCGUCCCUGCUCCACCUACCCCUAGCCUCCCUGUUUUCCCUCCUCCCUCCCCAGCGAUUACCCGUUUGUCCUCCUCCAGCUCCAGGAAGCGUCCCUCUCUGAUCCGGUCUAAGUCGGACAUGAGUGACCGGUGCUCCCGAGCCGGGACAGACCUGGAGCGCUUCUUCAACCUGUGUGGGUUGGACCCUGCAGACCUCCAGUUGACUGGAUCUAGCUCUGACAUCGUCUCCAUGGCCCGCUUCCGCAGCGUGAGCGCUCCAGGGUCCGAAUGUGCGGGCUCUGGUGAGGAAGAGGAGGAGGAGGAGGAGGAGGAUGAGGAUGCUUGCAACGCUGCAGAGCGUGUUCCCUACGGUGUUUCUGUCAUUGAGCGCAAUGCAAGAGUAAUCAAAUGGCUGUAUGGAAUCCGUCAGGUCAAAGACAAUGCAAGUAAGAGCACAAAUUUAUAAGAUGGUGGAAAAUGUCUAAGAUUUAAAAGAAGGAAAAAAAAAAAUGUCAAAAUUGCAUAACACAAGGAGUGAUGAGAUGUCAUGAUUAAACUGAUGUGAUGGAAACAAUUUGUCUGCCAAUCAAUUCAUUUCCCUUUUAUUCCCAUGUUUUUGUUUUCUAUUUUACAAAAUUAGAAAUGUUAUGACAUUUCUGUUAUUGAAAAACAGAAGAGAAAUUGAAAAACAGUUUUUUUUUUUUUUGUGGGUCUCAUAUAAUGGGGAAGUCAGAGUGUCAUCUCUGGUCACGAUCAGGUAAAUGAACAGCAUUUAAACACUAAAUGAUGGAAGCAUCUUCUUUGGUGCUCUGUGACUUACUUUCAGAGAACCACAGAGUUUUAACCCAACAGUGACACAUUUCUCCUGAGAGGGAUCAGAGCACAAACUCUCUUAUAACUCCAUAAAAACAAAGAGUCUAGGUCCAUAUUACAAGUCAGUAUAAACGUAUGGGAUGUGUGAAAUUGCUUUUGCUUUCU